AUGGAGUGCCCGAGUUGCUAAAAAUCAUACGAUUCGUUCUCAAGCGGGGAUAUAAACGUAAUUCCUAGAAUACUUUCUAAAUGUGGGCACUCUUUUUGUCACUCUUGCAUCGUUAAACUCUACGACGGCAAGCAAGUAAUUUGCCCUUUGUGCAAAUCAAUCAAUAUUUCUGAUUCCAUUUCAAACUAUACGAAAAAUCUGGCACUCCUCCAAAUUCUGGUCGAGAACCAAUACUGUAGCAGUCCCUUGAGGUAAACUUCUCUAGGCCUUAUUGAGCCUUUUGAAAUUACAGAGUCAUAGUAAUCUAGCGGGUAGUCAAAUAGAGUGCAAGGAUUCAAAUUAGAUUUAAACAGUACUUUGCAAAGUAUCUCACUUUAAAACAAAAAUGGAUAUCAAUAGUGUUAGGAGCAUACAAAGCCAAUUGAAGCAUUUUGUUGGAGUGAGAAGUAGCCCUUAUGCAUUGACUGUCUUCUUUAAUAGCCAAUGCAUAAGUAGCACGAUGUCUCUAACAUUGAAAAAUCUGCUUCUAGAUAAGAAGAGAGUCUUAGGCAGACUUAAGAUAAAGUUUAGGUCAUUAAAUAGCAGAUCUAGAAUCAAUAAGAUAGUCUGGGCUAGUAAAAGAAUGAUUUGGACGAUGAAGAGUCCAUCUAAGUGAGUAAAUUCACCACAUUCUUCAAUGAACUGAAGGAGUCUAUAGAGAUGCGCUCAAGAGAAGCAUACUUAGAGAUUCAGAGCAAGAUAGAGUCGAAAAGGAGGGAGAUUAUAGAGCAAGAACAGAAAUUAAAAGAUUUCUUAAAUGAGAUGAAUGCAGUUGACUUCUAGAUACUUAGUGUGUAGCUGGGACCCAUCAAUAGUCAUAUUGAAUAGCUGAUGGCUCAGAUGACUAGAGAGCAAUAGGCAACUGAAAUGAUUGAUAAAGUCUCUGGAUUUAUGAAAGUCAUUGAAUUGCAAUAGAAUGAAGGGUCAGUGUAAUCCAAAUUUGACUAUAAAAGAGAAAUAUAAAUAGUUCAGAAAAUGGUAGAUGAGUUGCACAUAAAGCAUAUUGGACCACUGCCAAUUUAACUUCCUUUAUUACAGAAAUAAGAAUCAUCGACUCUGGCUCUUAGAAAGUCUACUUCAAAAGCAUAUAAGGAAUUGACUGCUAGGGAAUUAGCUAUAUAGAGAAGUUCUAAGAAAAAUGCAAGCCCCAUGAAAGAAGUAUUUAGUUCAAGAAGAAUAGUUGUAGCUCAGGAGAAACAGACAUUGGCCUUGAAUUAAUCGCAAAGCUAGUUAUCAAAUUUAAAUAACAAUAAAAUUAGAACAAGUUAGAUUAAAGAUGAGAAAUAGAAACCAAUAAAUACGGCAGUCAGAGAAAGAAGGUAAAGCAUGACAGCAAGAACAGCUGCAGCAGCAAAUUAAACUUAAAAACUAGAUAAAACUGAUAUUCAAUUAAGGCAGUAAAGAAAUAUGCACAAGACUCCACUUAAGAAGAUUGAAGAAGUGGCGGCCUAAGGCAUCAAAACUGGAACUAAUUUCAGGAGAAAUGCUUCUCGCGCAGCUUUUGAUAAGAACAUAUCUCAACCUGCAACUUCCAAAGCAAGUAAUGCUACCAACAGAACCCUUUAAACAGUUAGUAGUGUAAAGGAUGUAAACUUUGAGCAAUGUCUCAGACAGACUCUCCUAGCUCAAUCAAACACCAUUUUGGCCUCUAAUUCUUAGGCAGUCUUGAAUGUAAAUAAUUCCAGAAGCUACUUGAACAGACUAGGCUAGAAAUCUUCAACUUCUAAUAUUUAUGAGGACAACUAUGCCUCAAAUACAUCAGCAGCUCAAUCUGAUUUAAACUACAGAAAGGCAUCAGCAAACUUACCUCUUAGUAGUACUAAUGCUUUGAACAGCAGCAUUACCAGCAAGAUGCACAUAAUUGAAUUAUAGAACAGAAGCGUUGAAGAGAGUGAGCAUGAAGAAAACUCAUCUUUCACUUCUAUACUCAGAUUAGCACCUGAUGGAUAAAACAUUCAAUCCAUAGCUUAAGUACAGCCCCACAUCAAUAUAUUAAUCAGGGAUGAAACCUAGAAAUCCCUUCAUUCGUCAUCAAGCAAUAAUCAAUUCAUAGUUGGAAUGGGAACAAUGCAAGCUGAAUAAGACUAAGAUUUCAAGAUGCCUCAUCCUUAGUCUGCAGGACUAAGAAACUUCUCUCAGACAAAGAACCAAAGGUGGCUGGAUCAAACAGCCAUUGAGUAAAUUGGUGUGAGUGGAAACAAUAGAAAUCAACAGAACUUGGAUAGCGAAAAUCCCUCAUAAAACAGCAGAGCGAAAUCUCAGGCUAAGUAUCCAAGUCUUAGGGAACAAAGAAAUAACAUCAAAGAGAGUAAGAGACAGUCUGCCAUUCACUAAAUUGAGUCUGAGGAGUGGUUGAGUAGAUAAGCUUAAAUUGUAUAGAGCAUUACUCAAGCAAGGCAAGGUAGCUCAAGAAGAGAUCAUUCAAGACAGAGUAACUUGGCUGAAAACUCUAUGAUAAUUUCUAUCAAUAGCAAAAUCGAUGAUAGCAUUCUACAGAAUAAUAAAACUCUCAACAACUAAUUUAUUGUUACUGAACAUUCGUCUCAGGAUAAAAUACUCGAAAGUACACUAAAAGAAGAUGAGUAUGAUGAUAUGAAUCACAAUAUUGAAAGUGACAUGACAUCGCCCAAUAAUGAUUAGAGUAUUGAGCAGUUCUAUUAGAGCAAUCAUUUUGUAUCUUAAAGUUACAAGCCUACUGCCAGCAGUCUUAUGUUAGCCAGAAAACAAUUAGCCUAGAAAAAGAAAUAACAGGAAAAGGUUGAGGAGAACAGCACUCAUGUAGUCGGAAUCAUUUCAAAUCACUAAAACCAAGAUGACAAAUUCUUCUAAGUUGAAAUGUUUGAUUCUCAGAACAAUAUUCAGACUAUUGGCAUGGAAGUUGCUAAUUUCAAAUACUAACUUGGAGAAAAAUUCAAAGUAGUGCCAGAUCCUAGAUAAGUUAGAAACUACUUGCUUGUUGGGGGUAAAGUAAAUGGAUAAUUUACACAGUAAGUACUACAGUUUGAUAGUAGAUUGCAAAUUGUUGAGGAAUCUGAUAUUGCUGAUAUUCCGCUUUCAUUCACUGAGGCAUAGUACUUUGGUGUUUAAAGUGCAGUAUACCAGACAGACACUAAUUAUAUACCUUUACUUUGCAUGGCUUACUCUAAGUAGUCUUCAGACAAUGGUGACUCUUAAGAGUACAUUAAUGUUAGUUAACUAGAAAUUCUCAGCUAUGAUUUCUCUUCAAACGUCUGGGACUAAAUACCUCCAAUUCCAUACUAGUUACAAGACAUUAGUCCACUUGCGGACUUCUAAUUUAUAAUUCACUGCAACUCUAUAUACAUACUUGGAGGCUAGUAAGAUGGGCAAGUGCUUAAGAGCGUCAUGAAGUUUGACUUGUACAAGUAGGAAUGGUCUAGAUGCAAAGACAUGACCUACCCAAGAAUCAACUUUUCUGCUAUUAGUUGUGGUUAUAAUGGUAUCAUAGUCAAUGGAGGCUCUAACGGUUUCACUGCCAUGGAAUAUUGUGAAGCCUAUGACCAUAAUUAAGAUGAAUGGCAUUAAUUACCUGCUCUAAGCAUCCCUAGAAUGUACCAUACAAGUAUUAGCAUAGAAAGAGGUGACGACAUGAACUUAUAUGUAAUUGGAGGAAUAGACUUUGCUGAGAGGCUGCUAAUGAAUGUGGAGAUAUUUAACUUAACCUAGUUGAAGUGGAUGCCCCAAGUCACUCUUAACGAGGAUAAUCUCCAUAACUAAAACAAGGCCUGGUAUAAUGUAAAUUUAGUCAAGUUAUCACUCUGA